AAUAACAAAGGGAAAAUAAAUUUAAAUUUAAUAAAAAUUGGCACAAAUUAUUUGUCGUAGUAUUCUUUAAAGUGAUCAAUACAUGCUGCAUCGCAAACAUGGUAUUUAAAGACGGUUUCUCUUCGAAUAGACCUAGAUAAGCAUGCAGUUCAUCGCUUGGGCGUUCUAUUUCCUCUAUUUAGAAAGCAGAGCCGCGUUAAAACAUGUUGCCGCCCUAGGCAUUUUUUUUGCCGCCCCUAAUAUAUAAAUAAAAAUUGGUAUGCAACAGUAAACUUUUAUUAGCAACAAAAAUGUCAAACUCUGGAAACAAAAACAUGUAACAUCUGAUAAUAUACAAAAAAUAAAAAACAAAAUAAACCACUUUUCAACUAAAGAAGAAAAUAAAUUAUACAAAAUCUACAAAAAAAUAAAUAAUAUUAUAUUCUAAAAGGUUUCUUCCUUGACUUUUCUUUGGCAAAAUCAUUUAUAACUUCAUCAUAAAGGUACGUUUUCGUAAGGACAAAUCCGGCCCGACAUGUUUGUUGGGCGACAAGUUGGCAAAAUUGACGGGUAUUUACGUAGCUACUUGUCAGCAACCGACAUGUCGUGGAAACGAUCUGAAAAUCGAACUCUGCAGUUAGCAUCAUCAAGAUGGCAGACGAUCAAGUAAAACAAGUAGUGUCAGCUUUCGUGGUGUUGGCAGAAAAUCUUGCAAUAGAGUUAUUAAAACCCCUCCAAUUAGGUGCAUAUAGCUCCUUAGUGACUGAUCUUUGCUUGCAAAGUGGAUACGAAAAUUUCGUUCGUAUGUCUCAUACCGAGUUUGAAGAGCUACUUCACCUAAUUGCUCCUCUUAUUAUCAAAAAUGGAAGAACUAGGAACGAUAACGUAUCUCCAGGGGAACAAUUAGCAGUAACUUUACGGUUCUUAGCUACGGGUGAUAGCUAUGGAAGUUUGAUGUAUCACCAUAGAAUAUUAAAGACUAAGUUGUCCCAAAUAAUUCCGAAUGUGUGUAAAGCAAUCGUUCAAGUUCUACGUGAAGAAAUUAAAAUCCCCCGAAAUAAAGAAACGUAGCAGCCAAUUUUGAAUCGAGAUGGAACUAUCCUAAUUGCAUUGGCGCCCUGGAUUGCAAACACAUGCAUAUUCAGGCACCAAACAACACAGGAAGCCUUUAUUUCACUUAUAAACAUAAUUUUUAAAUUUAAUAUUUACUUAAAAUAAAAUCAAUGUUUCUUGUUUAUGUAUCUCUUCAACAUUUUUAAUUAGACCGUAUGAUUUAAUACUAGGACAUCCCAAUAGACAAGGUGCUUGGAAGUUUACAAUUUGAAAUUCUACCAUAUCUUCUGUUUCAUCAAUUUUACACUGAACUCGAGUUGUGCCAUAAAUUUUUAUUUCCGAUCCAUUAUAGUUUCUUAAUUUUAUUUUCGACUUUUUAAUGUUUACCUUUAUUCGUUUGGCUAGUGUCUACCUUGCAUCUGAUCUCAUUUCCUUUUAUUUUGACUGUUUUAUACCACUCCUUUUUAUUUUUUAUAUUAUUUACACAAUAAAUUUCUCCAACAAAUAGCUUUUCUUUUUCUCCAUCAUUUUCAUUUUCUUUAGUAUCAAUCAUAUUUACUCUUUUAUUGCGACACAUUUUUGAAAAGUUUUUACAUGUAUUGCAUAUUUUAUUAAAUGCUGGGCAGUUACGAUAUUCAUGUUUGAAUCCACACUUACCAUAUGGUUUUUCUUUUUCUUUAUUGUUUUUUCUUUCAUUUUG